AUGUCUGCUGCUUUGUCUCUCUCUGUGAAUGUUCUUAUUGCAGGAUUGCCUGAGGCGUCAUACACAGGAAACCAGGCGCGUGUACUCGGAGACGAUGGUGACGUGGACCAUGUGCCUGACAGACACUGCGAAGCCGCUGAAGAAGCGAUGAGCUUCAGAAGUUGGCAAAAGUCAAGAGCUAGUGUGCUUAAUGGAGCUUUGGAGCCAUUUGGGAGAAGGAGUGUCGGAGACGUCAAGACAAAGAGCAACCAGGAUGCGAACCAGGAUCAGAACCCGUUUGUCGCCUUACAAGCUUUCUUGACCAAGAAGAGAGUUGACCAUGCCUUAAGUGAAACGCGGCGUUUUGGAGCUUAA